UUGACCCCGGGCGAACUUUUGCUAAUAGAGCUGGCCAAGAAGUGGGCACUGGAAGGAAAUGGGGAUGCGGGGCGGAUGGCAGCAAUCGAUCAGCUGUAUGGGCUCCAAGUGGGUAUAAAAUCCCGGGUCGGUCCAUCAGUUGUCAGUCAGUUGUGAGUGAAAACUCAAAGACAACAAGUGAGUUAGGAACCCUCGAUCCCCAGUCAAGGAAACCCUAAUCCGUAACCCGUAAUCCCGAUAAGGAGAAACCCAUCUGCAGAAUGCAUUGCAUGCUUCAACUGAGUCUGGCUGUGGCCCUUUGCGCCCUCUUAGCCCCAUCCGCCACCUUGGCCGAACGCCGCAAUGUGUACCGCCUGGGUGGACGCUCCUCGGACGCUCAGGGGGAGGCCCGUUUCACCUCGUCGAUUGCCAACAAGCUGACCUCGCUAAAAGGCACCACCACGACGACCACGGCCGCCCCCACUACCACCACCGUGCCCACCACCAUUACGGAGACGACCUCGCCGACCGCACCAACAACAACCACUGGCACCUCGACGAGCACUAGCACGCCCACUUCCGCCUCCACCUCCUCCAGCCGUGCCUUCCCCGUCAUUCAAGAAGAUGUUGACGAGGAUGAGGAGAUGCCCAGGGCCUACGAAGAUGAAGAGGACGACGCUGACGACAGCGUAGAGGACGAGGACGAAGGCGAUGAUGACGAUGAGGAGAACUACUAUGUGGCCGCACCGUCCACCGCAGGCAACAGCAAUGCCGUGCAACAGUCCUCAGAGUCCAGUUCGUUGGUCCGCCCCUCGGAGCUACAGUGGCGUCAGUUCCAGCAGGAACAGCGCAACCGUCGCCGCAUCCAGCGCCUCCAGCGGGAGCACAACCAGCGGAUCAGGGCCCUCCUUCGCCGCCAGAGAGCCGCCGAGAAGAGAAGCCAGCAGCGAUUGCGCCGCCAGCGCCAACAGAGCCGUAGGCGCGUCUCCCAGCGCCAGCGCCGCAACAAGAACCGCUCCAAGGCCCAGCGCCAGCGUCAAAGGAAGAACAACAUGAACCGUCGCCGCCGCCAGCAGCAGCAGCGCCAGCGCAGACAUCGCCAGCAGCAGCGCCGCCGGCUCAUCCGCCUCCUGAACCGUCGUCGUCGUGGCGGUCGUCGCAACUAAGGAGUUGAUCCCGAUCCCGAUCCUUGCACGGAUCAGAUCAGAUCCCCAAACGAUCCCAGAACCCCCGAAAUAAAACGAACUUGUAUGCAACAAAA